GUGCUGCACAGUGGAAUACAGUAGAUGGUCUCCCGGACGACCCAUUCACACAUUCUUCAAUAUCAUCCAAAACAGGUACCACACAUCCCAGGAAAUGAUAGAAGGUGGCAUUACAUCUAGGAUGGCAGGAAUAACUGAGGAUGCGGGCCAUCAUCCGUCUCCACAAGACUAUAGGCUUCUGACCACAGACCCCUCCCAAUUAAGGGAGGAGGACCUCCCUGGGGACCUGCAGUCUCUGUCAUGGCUCACUUCGGUGGACGUGCCCCGACUACAGCAGAUGGUGGAUGGUCGUGGCCACAGCAAUGGGGCCUCCCAGGGCAGCUUGUUGGAGCAACAGACAGCCCAAUUGAGCAGCAUGGCCACGACGGCUCAGUCGUCCGUGCUCCACCUGCAAAGCAACAUGCAGCACAGCCCUUUGGGAAUCGGCAUCAUCGACACCCACAGCGGAACAAUGUCUCCGUUCUCCAUGAAUGGGAUGCCCUCGCCGGGGUACCAGUGCCCUACUUCAGCGUACCAGUCGGCACCACAGCAGGUGUACUCGCUGACCCAAACUGGGCAACAGUGCUCAACGGGCGGGCUGUACAGUAAUGUGUCUUUCAACAACCAAAGUCUAUUUUCGCAACCUCGCCUGGCACCACAAGAACAGGACUUGCAGCCAAAAUGUUUCCCAAAACCCAUCUACUCCUACAGCUGUUUAAUUGCCAUGGCUCUGAAGAACAGCAAAACGGGCAGCCUUCCAGUCAGCGAGAUCUACAGCUUUAUGAAGGAACACUUUCCUUAUUUCAAGACGGCCCCAGACGGAUGGAAGAAUUCGGUCAGACACAACCUGUCUUUAAAUAAAUGCUUUGAGAAAGUGGAGAACAAGACGAGCAGCUCAUCCCGAAAGGGUUGUCUGUGGGCACUGAACCCAGCCAAAAUUGACAAGAUGGAGGAAGAGAUGCAGAAGUGGAAACGCAAGGAUCUCCCGGCCAUCCGCCGCAGCAUGGCUAACCCAGAUGAGCUGGACAAACUGAUCACAGAUCGCCCAGAGAACUGCCGGCGGAAGGCAAUAGAACCGAUCAUGACACGGCUGCCCAGCUGUCCGACGGGCCUCCCGCUGACAGCCCCGAUGCAGCAGGCCCAGCCCAUCGUGACCCUCUCCCUGCCGUGUUUACCGAUCCACCAGCACCAUCAGAUCCGAGCCCAGCUGCAGGCCCAAGCCCGCUUGGCGCCGAUGUCCCCGGCCCCGGCCCAAACGCCUCCCCUCCACGCGGUGCCCGACCUCUCCCAUAGUCCGCUAACGCGGCAAGCCGGCAAACCUCCGGACGACUUCUACAGCGUGCACGUUGAUAGCCACACGGAGGUGGACGCACUGGACCCCAGCAUCAUGGAUUUUGCCCUUCAAGGUAACCUGUGGGAAGAAAUGAAGGACGACAGCUUUAACCUGGACGCGCUGGGCACCUUCAGCAACUCCCCACUGCGACUAUCAGACUGUGAUUUAGGGAGCAGCCUGCCUCCUGCCUCCAGCGGCGCAAGCCUGCCGCUGUCGGACGUACAAGUGACGGGUCUGUACACUUCGUACGCAACGCAGGAUCCCCUCCCCUCCCAGUACAUGGGCUCACCGGCCAGCAGCAAGCCCAUCGUCCUGCUUUAAAGCAGCAGCACUAUUCUUCAACCGAGGUGACGGGGUACCAGGUGGAGAAUAUUCUUUUGUACAAAUCAGCUGGGAACUAUCAAAACCGCAAAGUUCUUGAGUUCUAAAAUCCCUGAGAAAACUGUUCACUAAGAAAUACAAAAGAGGCUGCAGCAAAGCAUUGCAGACUUUACAAUGCCAAGCAAAGCCUCGAAGAUGUCUGUGUAAGUACAAACAGGACAUUUUCCAUUUUUUUCUACUGCUCACACUGUGUUUAAAAGCCCUUCUAUACCGUAGUUCCGUCUGUGUGUACUGUGAUAGACUAUUGCUGUGUCGUUUUAUUUAUAUUUAUGGAGAAGAAAAAAAAAAAAAAAAAAACGGCAGCUGGGGACGUUUGACCGCUCGUCAACCUUUCGCUGUAUAUAUUUGAAUGUUCAAAUGGCUAUUACCACAGAAAAGCUCUCUUUUGACUGUCUUUACCCAACUUCAUUCCAAAAUGCUGACACGUGCCAUCGCUUUGUAAUUCGCAUUUUACACCUUUCAUAUGUGAUUAACACAUUGCAUUGAAUACUAGAUGUGUAUGAUGUUCCAU